AUGAUCGAGGUCUCCGAUAGCAUUAAAAUGCAAGCACGUGAAACCGCAGGUAACGACAGUACUCCUGUGGUAGAUGUUCUGUCCAAGGUUAGGAGAGACACCCUAAAGAUUGUUGAAGACAUGUGGAGAGCAGGUGAAGUUGGUGAUGAUGUCUUUGUAAUGACGACAAGGAUCUUCCAAGAUUCUAUAAAGGCAGAGAUUUAUCGAUCCCCAACAGCGUCGAUUGGUGGUAAUAUUAUAUCUUACAUAUAUAAUGUGGUGCAUUAUAUGUUGGUAUAUCACUACGCAAAAGAGGAGAAGAGGACAAACAUUAUAGAUAUAAGAUAUUUGGCAGUUGAUGAACAAGUAACCAUAAUUUUAAGCACCGUCACACAAGAUAAAUGGAAUAGGGUGGUCCAGGAACGGUUCCAACAUUCAGGGCAGACCAUAAGUUACUACUCCCAUAGAGUUUUACAAGCCAUCUUACAAUUGGAACCCUUGUUCCUGCAACCAGCAAGCAAUGAAACACCGGCCCACAUUGCUAGUGAUACACUACGAUUUUACUUAUAUUUCAAGGAUUGUGUUAGAGCUAUUGAUGGGACUCAUGUCUCUGCUCGAGUUCGUAGUCAAUUGCAUAAUCAUUUCCGAAAGAUAAAAUAUUUUUUAAGCCAGAAUGUUAUGGAUGCGGUUGGUUUCGAUAUGCGCUUUCAUUUUGUACUUACAGGUUGGGAAGGAUUCGCAUCAGAUUCUAAAGUCUUAUAUGAUGCAAUUAGUAAUGAAGGCAGUAGGCUUACAGUGCUUGAGGGAAAAUAUUACCUUGUAGAUGGUGGGUAUCCUACUAUUCGUGGUUUCAUAGGACCACAUCGAAGAGUCCGUUACCAUCUAAACGAAUUUACUUCAGGCCCACGAGCUCCUCAAAAUCACAAUGAGUUAUUCAACAAGCGGCAUUCCACGCUUAGAAAUGUGGUGGGGAGGACAUUUGGACUUUGGAAGGUUGAUGUAGUUAUUGCAUGUGCAAUAUUGCAAAACUACAUCAUGAUGACUCGGGGAGCCGAUAGCAUAAAGGAGCUCUGUUUUCGAAGGAGGGUUGAGAGUCAACUCGUAAUUGUCGGAGAUGAUGGUUUUUUGCAAUUGACUCAAGGGCAUGUUGAUCAUGACAUUGGUGUCAAUAUGCGAGAUGCCAUAGCGACGCAGUUGUGGGAGGCCUAA